AUGAGGUCGCACCAUAAUGUAUCAGAUAUUGCUAGAUCUGUAAUCAUCAGUAUAGUGUACAGAUCACCAUACUGGCUCGUGCGUCAGGGGCUGAUCGAGGAGGCAACAGAUUCCUUGAGAAAACUUCGAGGAAGAGACAGGGACGUCAGCGACGAGAUCGAGGAAAUCAGCAAAGGGUUGGAGCAGCACACGCAGACGUCGCUGAUGGACCAGAUCAAGCAGCUGGCCGCCCCAGAGCACCUCCGCCCCGUCGUGUUCCUGACCGCGGUGUUUGUCGUGCGGGAGCUCGGGGGCCAGUACGUGAUCUUCGCCUACACCACGUACCUCUUCAGGAAGGCCGGCGUGGCGCUGGAUGCCUUCGUGUGCACAAUCCUGGUGGGGCUGGUGAGGUUCGUGUUCACCAUCAUCGCCUCCGCCAUCGCCGACCGCUUCGGACGGCGGCCGCUCUUCAUAUCGUCGUGUCUGGUGUGCGUCGUCGCCUACGCCGUCGGCGGGGCGUUCCUGCUGCUCGAGCUCCCGGGCACGUCCUGGGUCCCCCUCACCUCGGUCCUGGUCUACACCGCCUCCUACAGCCUCGGCAUCGGCAUCAUGCCCUGGGUCCUGCUGGGGGAGGUCCUGCCCACGCCGGUGCGGUCCCUGGGCUCCACGAUCUGCACCUUCCACUUCUGCCUCGUCCAGUUCCUCGUCAGCUACUUCUUCCCUACCCUGGUGCAGUGGACGAGCGUGGGGGUCGUCCUCGUCAUUUUCGCCGUCAUGCACGCCGCUCUCUCCCUCCUGCUCGCGUUCUUCCUGCCUGAAACUCGAGGACGAUCUCUCAGUGAUCUCCAGAACGCGUUUGUUCCUCGAAGUCAGCGGUCUGGCUCCGAGGACGACAGCACGAGCGACACUCCGGACAAAGAGACUCUAGAAAGAAAGAAAGAAGAGAUAGAAUGA